GCUUGAGCGAUUUGCAUCUCUGCAGCUUGGAUGACUUACCAUAAGUCGCGCUCCUCAUGCUUUGGAGGGUGAGCGCCACCAGGUCCUUUCGCAGUGCGCGAAGGUUUUGUGAUGACAGUCGCAUUCUGUGGGCGCCUGGAAUGAGACAGGUGGGAGACGACCAGUGCCACGUACGUUUGGGCGGCAAAAUUCGCCUCAUGUGCACAGAGCCAAAUGGCUACUGUGUCGUUGGUGCUCGGGGCGAAGUGGCGGUGGCCAAUGCCAUGAGGAGUCUCGCCUGGGCAUCUGAAGUCGCGCAAAGCCCGCUGGACUUCAAGGUUCGUUGGCAGGAGGAGCCUGGUGACAUGCGCUCACUUCGCUUCUUUUGUGACAUCCCAGAGACGUGGACACAAUGGAAGCAGAGAUGGGCGAUGGUAGAGAUACCAGAGAAUGAUAAGAACGAGAAGAAGCCUCUCGAUGUGACGCCCUACACGGACGUCACCAAGCUGUCGAUCGCCAUCUCCAUGCGACAUCGCAAGUACAGUGGUGCAGCGAUCAAGAUGAAUCCGAUGAAUGACACGGUGCUCAGCAUCGUGGCCAAGGCCUUGGCAUCACUGCCCCAUACCGGGAGGGAGGAGGUCGCCCAUGAACUUUCCUGCGUGAUCAAGUGGCCUGGGUUGAAGAAGGACUCGAAGGACUUGAAGGACUCCAAGCAGAUCCAGGCAGGCAAGUUUAUUUAUGGCCACGUGAUGUGGCGGCCAACACGACAAGACCACGCAGAAAGGUUACCGAGCUGAUCCACUACAGCGGUGGAGUGGGCAGUUUUCGACAUCGGAAAUGUGAUGUGCGGCUGUGUGGCUGUGCAAUUUCUGUACACUUAUGGUCCUGAGGGCAACAUCGUUUGUUUCAGAAGUGACAGGUUCAAUUGGAGCUGUGCAUGCUGUUGUGAGUCCAACUUGCGUGACAGCUUGCACGCCCUAUGAUGUGGAUGACUAGAUUGAUUUGCAUGCUAAGUUCCAGGUGAAACGCUUGGAGUUUAGAAAAGCAGCUUUCGGCCCUGCAGGUCAAACCAU